UUGUGGCACACAGGCCUAGUUGCUCUGUGGCAUGUGGGAUCCUCCCAGACCAGGGCACGAGCCCAUGUCCCCUGCAUUAGCAGGUGGAUUCUUAACAACUGCGCCACCAAGGAAGCCCUGUAGUCCAGUCUUGAGAGUCAUUUUCCAGUUGGCUGAGCAGCAGGGAACACAACACAGCCAGAAACUCGAGGUGUGGGGCAUGUGAAAAAUGUUUUUAUUUCAGGGCAAGCAAACAACACCAGAAGCAGCACGUGGGAGAAAAACCCUUCUUAGGCAGUGUAGACAAGGCUUCACUUGUGAAGAGCUGCAAUUUCCAGGAGUCAUGGAAGGCUUUUACCUGCAGGGAGCUUGGGAAGGACUUCCUAGUUUUGUCAGGACACCUCCAGCAACAGGCCACUCACUCCCGGGAGAAGCCAAAAAAAAUCUCUGAGUGUGGGGUGACUUGUUGAAGAAGAAAAAUUCAUUAUACCCGGGGAGAAUGCAAGAAAGCCUUCAACCCCCAAAACACACUUGAUCAGGACCAGGGUGUCCACACUGGAAGACAGUGUUUUGUAUGCCAGGACUGUGGGAAAGCAUUCAGGUUCAAAUCCUUGUAUGUUGUGCAUCAGAAAGUCCACACUAUAGAAGGGCUUUACAUGUGUGGUGAAUGUGGCAAAUCUUUUAAGUGGAGCUCGACCCUCAGUCAACAUGAAAGAGUUCAUACUGGGGCAAGGUAGUACAAGUACAGCAAAUGUGGAAAAUCCUUUAGCUGCAAAUCUUUGCUUGUUUAUCCCAAAAAAAGUCACAUUGGAGAAAAAUGAUACAUGUGCAGUGAAUGUGCACAGUCUUUUAGCUAUAGCUCUAUCCUUACUCAGCAACAGAGUAUUCACCCUGGAAAAUGGUCUUAUGUGUGCACUGAAUGUGGGAAGUCUUUUACUGAUAGGUCUGUCCUCCGUUAUCAUCAGAGAGUUCACACUGGAGAAACGCCUUAUGAGUGUAAUGAAUGCAGGAAGUCUUUUACCUAUAGCAAAAACCUCCGUUAUCAUCAGAGUUCACGAAGGAGAUAGGCCUUAUGAGUUCAGUGCACGUUGGAAAUCUUGUACUGCUAGGUCUGGCCUCCAUGAUCAUCAGAGAGUUCACACUGGAGAACGGCCUUAUGAGUGCAAUGAAUGUGGGAAAUCUAUCACCUUCAGCUCCAGACUUCACUGUCAUCAGAAAGUUCACACUGGUGAAACACCUUGUAAUAGUAAUGAAUGUGGGAAAUCCUUUAGCAAAAAAUCUACUUUCUUUCAACAUCAAAGAGUUCACACUGUGUAAAGGCCUUAGCUUUUUAGGAAAUGUGCGAUUGUCCUGUUGAUUAUAAUGGCACUAAAGGAGCCAUCUAUCUGAAUUCAGUGUUGUACAAAUGUUCACAGUUAGGAGAUCCCCUGUAAGUUUGAGUUAUAUGAAAGCAUGUGUGGCUUCUUAUACUCUCUGAUCUGCUCAGGGCUCUUGCCAAAUUUAAGUCACUGCCAAUUUCUAUGGCCAAAGACCUUUUACCUUUACUACCUGGCAGGUCCCCACAGUGUGCAUCAGUCACCAUCCCAGUGUGCUCAGGGAAGCUGACCACUGGUCUCCCAUGUAAAGGUUUGUGGAUUCCUGUAGUCUCUCACUGAUAUUCUCCUUAAGGCCGUUACUGCAGAGGCGGGAACACAAAGGUAGUGAAAAUGCAGAUCUGUAGUCCUGGGAUGUAGCUUUGUGGCCCAGUCUGUAUUCCUGUUGACAUGGUUGGAAACAUCCUUCAUUGCUCACCAAUGUUGGCUUCCACUGAGGCAAGACUGAUUCUCAGAGGGCAUAAGGAGAGACAUGGUGGUCAUUAUAGCAUUCCCAAAUUUAUUUUCUUAAAAGGGAUGCACAGAUUUGUGAAAUGUAAAGCCAUUUUUUAUAGCUUUAUUUAAAGGUAUAAUUUACAUUGAAUUAAACUUUAUACAUUUUCUUAUAUACAUAAUUUAAAGUAUGCUAUUUGGUAAGUUUUGAUGUAGGUAUGAACCUGUGAAACUACCAUCAUAGUUAUAAUGGCCAUAUCCAUUGCUGUAUAUUUACCUCAUGUCCUUUUAUAAUCUCGCCCUGCCCUUCCCUCCCUCCAAAUAAUCAUCAAUUUACUUUCACUUAAAAUUGAUACCUUUGCAUUUUGUAGAAUUUAUAUGGUGGGAAUCAUUAAAUAUUUACCCCUUUUCCAGGUUUACUUUAUGUUGUAUAACUACUUUGAGAUUCAUCAAUGACAUUAUGUGAAUACUUCACCUUUUUCUUUCGGUGAGUAAUCUUACAUUUGGAUAAAUCGCUAUUUGUUUAUUCAUUCAUCUGUUUAUGGACAUUUGGGUUAUUUCCAGAUUUUUGACAAUUUAAAAAUAAACGUGAUACAAACA